CCCAAAACUCCCAAGCUCCCCAAGCUUGACGACCAAUUUCAAAUUAAAUCUUUAAUAAAUAUGUAUAAAGAGGAUAAGCAUUAUUCAGCAAGAAAGUAUGCGCUUCUUCAUUUAGAAAUAUUACAUGUCCUCUCUGGUGCCACAUAGUGGUUGCGUUCGGAAACGUCACCCAAGUGUACACGAGUAUACUCCCUUCCCUUUCUAUCUCAGCGAGUUAGAAAGAGAAGGGAUUAUAUCCGCGUGUACUCGGGUGACGUUUCCAAACGCAGCCAGUGCAGCUACGAGAGACGAGAAGGGUCUUUUACACUUUUAUCUGCGCGGAAUCGCUUCGCAAAGUAUGGAGUCCAUGGGGAUGUCCCGAGUGACUCGAAGCGAGAGGGGUGGGGAACGUACGGAAGGAUGUAUAUCGUGCUCGACGACGAGGACAUCGUGCCGAGGCACUUCGCCGUGUGCGACUUUUACGGCGUGGAGACGUGUUUCUGCUGGGACGACGACAGGCUCGUCAUCUUCCCCUACGUGAAUAACGAAUCGACCGAGGCGACGCGGGACGCCCUGAUCCUGGUGACGCCGGCCCCGGUGAAAAAGGUACAGUUCUUCGACAGCAGGGCCUUCCUGAUAUGCACCCCGCAGGGCGCCUACAAGGUAUCGCAGUCCGGCAAGUUCGCCCUCCUGAGCAAGACCGCCCUGGACAUGGGCAGUGAUUACUUCCAGGUGCUCGUCGCUUGGAGCAACAGCGUCCACCUCGACGACAAGCGGAACAAGUCGUCCGCGCUGCUGUUUUCCCUCGUGCCGAACGCGAGCGAGACGGUGUGCACGUUCCCUCUGAACCCGACGAGCACCGAGCCACAGCUCGUCAACUGUUUCGCUGCUGGCUGGGAGGGUAAUCUGUGCGUCGUCGCGCACGACAGGAAGCUGUACGCGCUGAGGGUGAUCCCUCCCGAUGAUGAAAACCCCCCCCUCAUCUCUCCCGUCGCCGUGCAGCUGGUUUACACCAGUGACAUCGCUAUCGUGGACAUCCUGCCUGUGAAGAGGCGAGACAAGGUGACGGGACUGCUGCUUCUCACGAAACACGCGAACGCGGUAAUUCUGGUGCACGGUAAAGACGAUAAACUGGUAUUCGAGAGAAUAAACCUUGGGGAAAACGUGAGGCACAGAGUGGCACUAUGCGCCAGUUUCAGUUUGUGCAUGGAGAACGUUGUGUGGCUGGUGUACUGUGAUCGGUCCAGGACGUAUUACUUAAGAAAGGAGCUCUUCGUCGACGCGAUUCAAGACGUUAGAGUGGAGGAAAGGGCAUUUACAUGUGUGCAGUAUUACAAGCCAAAUAUAAUUUUAGGUAUGUCGCAGAGGAAGGAAUUAGUGGAGCUCUCUCUCGAGGAGCUGGAGGACUCCUUGCCAAUCAGUGAUAAUAUACCUCUUCAUACUGGAAUGUUUGAAAGAACAGACAUUAUUAUGGAGAAAAUUUGUGCCAAAGUGAAGGAGCUGAAUACACUCUAUGAGAGUUUGACGGAUGAACAAGACAAGUUGAAGAGAAUAAAUCUGUACGCUGCCAAGCAAAAAUUGCAAAUAAGUCCUACCAUUGAAGUGUCCAGGCUGUGCAAGCAUCGCUAUCUUGGUUUAAGUAUACCGGACAGGUUGCCUAAAAACAGUUACGUGGUGUUUAGCUUUACUUCUAAAAAUCAAAACACAUUCUAUAUAAAGAAAGUCACGGAAACGUCACUCACGAUAAAAAUGCCCAUCAAUGAAAAUCGGAUAUUACCAUGUUCUUCGUCCAUGAACAUGGAUUUGAUCACAUUGAUGAAUGAACAACGUCCAUGGUGCCUUAUACAAGAUUUUAUAAGCUCUCCGCCGCAGGAUCUUAAGAAGAAAAGAGGGCCGAAGAAAGCCAAGACUGCCUUUAUAGAUGCUAAAAUAGCGUUGCUGCAACGCUUAAUUUCGGAGAAAAGAGAAUUGAGUAUGACAAAAUUACGUGAAAUAAAAAACAAUGUACGCGCAGAAUUAUAAUUUUGCAGAUAUAAUGGUAGAACUUUAUGAAUUUUCUAUAUAUAUUUAUGUGCAAGUUUAAAAUAUGAAAUGUUCAGAUAUAUAAGUUCUACUCAUUUUCUAUUGCUAUAUUGAAGAACUGGCAAUCUAGUCCCAGUAAUUAGAAUAGAAUUUUAAAGCU